AUGCAAAGCAGUGAAGCUCGAUACGAAGUCGACGGGGACGCCAUCAUGCAGAGUGUUCAUCAGCCGGUGUUCGAGUUUGUUCAAGCGCCCAGACUGGCCGACUGGAGCCAGGAUGCGGUCGUGAGCUGGAAGAGGAGGUGGGAUCAGUACGUGGGUAUUGUCCGCCAACGCUGUAUGGAGAGCGGCGAGAGAGUGGAAGUUGCUCUACGCUCGGUCAAGAACUGCAUUGAGCCGGAGCUUCUCGAAGCACUGUGCCUCUACGAGCUACGCAAGUCUGUCGACGAUGCGACAAGUGAAGAACUAGUUGACCUUCGUGAAGAUGGUAUUGACGCCAGAGUGCUGAAGUAUUACCGCGACUUUGCAACUCUCAUUAAGGAGAACGGGUUGAGCCAAAUCCUCGGAGUAGGUAACCCUGCGGAUAGCGGCCGAAGAUGCUUCGAGAUGAUGUUCGCCGGCAUGUGA